AUGUCUUCUUCUACCGCGCAACAGAUUCUACUCCAACCGACAGGUUGGAAGGCUGAGUCCAAACGCUAUCCCCUCUCCCUCAUGGGCCACGUCAUGCCCAAGAUUUACGUGUUGGUGUCAGAGGUAUUUGCUCUCCCAGAGCUGGCAGACACUCAAGCCAAUGAAGCCAUUACCGAGAACUUGAAGGCCGGAUUGGAGUUUGCUAUCUCUCGUUUCCCGAUCCUAGCUGGUGAUUUGGAGAUGGAUGCAGCCAGUGGCCGAAUGUGGGUUUCUACAACAGCCGAGACCAAAGUUCAUUUGCAUGUCAAGCACAUGUUGGGCGAGGAGGACUUUCCCAGUUAUAGUGAGCUGGCUUGUAAGGAUUUCCCGGCAGCCUUGCUUAAGGGCCACCAGCUGCUCCCGGACUCAGUCACAGCCAAACAGCUCCACUCUCCUCUGGGCGACAAUAACGAAGAUGGAAUUGCUGCUGCAGCUUUCCAGCUGAACUUCAUCCGAGGCGGCCUCAUCAUUGCCAUGGCUGUUCACCACUCCGUUUCAGACGGUCCUGGAUGUGAUGGCUUUCUAUCUACUUGGGCGGAGAACAGUGUGGCUGCUUUGAAUGGAGCACCUUUCAUUCCUAAUGAGACUCCCUUCAGCCUCCACGGAACGAAAUUGGACAUGGAGGGCAUUUCCCCUGACCAAAUGAAGGAGCUCCAGGACGCACUCCCCGUCGUUCGCGAUGCUGGCGGCCCAAUGCCACCGCCUCCAGCUGGUUUCAAGAUGCCCGCCCUGGUGUCCCACAUGUGGCACUUCCCCAAGAGCAAGACGGAAGUUCUCAAGGCCAAGGCAUCCAGCAGCGGCGAUGCCAACUGGAUCUCUACCUACGAUGCAAUCAUGGCAGUUCUGUGGAGCAGUAUCACUCGCGCCAAAAUAGACCUGCUGCAACCCGAUAAGAGUGCCAAGGCAACUCUCGUGCACGCUGUCGACACCAGAAAGGUCUGGAGCCCACCCCUCCCAGAGCGCUUCCUCGGCGUCGGGGCUACUGCUGCACGAUGUGAACCUCUGUCGGUCCAGGACCUCGUUGCAGUAGAAAACCUGUCCAAGGUUGCGGCCACGGUCCGUUCAUCCAUCAAGGCGGUGACGCCGGACCAUCUCAGGCGGCUGCUGCAAUGGGUCGAAGGGCACGAAGACAAGCGAUGGCUGGAAAUCAGCAUCAACUCUUUCCUCGGGCUGGACUUGGGAGCCUCAAGCUGGCAGGGAAUGAAAGCCUACGAAAAGCACGACUUCGGGUUUGGACUGCCCAAGGCACUUCGAUGGCCCAGCCCGCCCUUCGAGGGGUUCGUGUUUUUGUAUCCUAGCCGGGCUGGGGUCGAGGGCGCAGAGGAAGAUGAAGGCAUUGAAGUCUGUGUAUGCCUCGAGGAGUCUUGCCACAAUAGAUUGAUGGAGGAUCAGGUCUUACUUGAGUACGCCCAGCUGAGAGGGUUGGAGUAG